GGAUAAGAAAGCGGAGAAGAAAUAUUGUUUAAUUAAUUACUCAAAAUAUCUGGCCACAGCUUGUUGUACUUCAUGGCAAUCCUACGAAGGGAGUAAUUGCUGUGGCUUCCUUUUGGACAGAGUCUCGGAAUUAGCAACUCUGAGGACGCAAACUGAUUUUAAACCACCAAGGAGGGAGAUAUGCAUGUCCAACAGGUUAGCUUAACUAGUUAACCGUGCCAAAAGAAAUAAAGACUUUUCGGCAUUGCAUUAUCCUCCAGGAAAUCAUUUUGGCUAGGGACUGCGACCUAGAACGUUUCUGCUUAGCUUACUAGAGAAAAAGCCAAAAGAAACUUUCCUCAAGAAGCUUAAAACGUUCCAAGCAACCUUAAUCUGUGCCGUCUAGCCUUUCACACUUCAGUGCAGCUCAGCGCAAAAGGGAGAGGUGUUUCUGAAAUGCUGGAGAUCAAGGCCCCGGUCGUGGUGCUCCCGUCCCCACAGCCUUGAUUUGGAGGGCUCAGCAGGGGCUCAACCCUACUGCCGAUUCCCGAUUCCAGCAAGAUCCAUUUCCGCAGGGUUUGAACCCGCUCCUAACAGCCCGUCUGCCUUUGUCUCGCGGCAGGCCAUGUUCGAGGUGGUCACUUCGGAGGCGUCCUACCUGCGCAGCCUCCUGGUGGCCGUCUCCCACUUCCAGCUCUCUCCCGGGCUACGCGGGGCUCUCACGGGGGCCGAAUUACGGCAGCUCUUUUCCAAUCUGUCGCAGGUCAAGGAUGUCAGCGAGAGGUUUUUGCUGCAGCUGGAGGAGCACCUGGACCAGGACGUCUUCCUGCCAGGCCUCGGGGAAGUGGUGCUGAGGCACUGCCCUGCUUUUCGCCGUGUUUACGUUCCUUACGUCACCAACCAGAUACACCAGGAGCGGCUCAUGCAACAGCUGAUGAAGAGGCCCGGCCGCUUCCUCCGGGUCCUGUGCAAACUGGAGGAGCAGCCCGUCUGCCAGAGGCAGCCCUUGAAAUCCUUCCUGGUGCUACCCUUCCAGAGGAUCACUCGGCUCAAAAUCUUACUGCAGGUGGGGCGGCCGCUUCUUCAUCAGAUUUGCAAAGCCGCCUGGCCCGUUACAGCUGUUUAUUUCCCUUUCGGUUUUAAGAACAUCCUGAAAUGGACCGGACCCGAUUCUGAGCUGGCAAAAUCAGUUGGCUUGGCCCAUAAGGCUGUGGGGGAGAUUGUGUCCCAGUGCAACGAGAACCUCCGGCUCAUGAAACAGAAAGAGGAACUGGUGAUGCUGGAAAAACGGAUGGACUUCUCCAAGGUCAAAGCCCUUCCUCUAUUCAGCCAGGGCCGCUGGCUGGUUCAGGAAGGAGAGUUCUUGCAGGUCCUGGUCCAGGAAGCAGGGCUCAGCUACCGGCCCCACCUGAGCAUGAAGCCCAUCCACCUGCACCUCUUCAAUGACUUACUGCUGCUCUCUCACCACAAGGAAGAUGGACGCUUCUUAGUGAAGGACUACGCCUGGACCUGUCAUAUUAAAGCUGAGCUUUUCAGAGCAAAAUCCUUGGGGCUCCCAGAAUGGAGUUUCUACCUCUGCAUUUCCCAGAAUUACAGAGAUGAAAGCAGAGAGCUGAUCCUCAAGGCAGACACCGAGGCCCAGAGACAGGACUGGAUCUCACGGCUCGCAAGCCACUGACUUCCUAAAAACCUCGAUACAGGAAUUCUCAGGAGACUCGAUCAGGAUCUCUCUCCAAGGGGCCUUAUUGUUUCUGAUGGCCAAACUAGAUGUCUUGCAUUAGAACCACAGGGGGAAGGCUUCAGAGCGUGGAAAUGGGGUAACCGUGGGUCAACGAGGCUUCUGCCUUGACUGCCUCUUCGAGAGAGGGGGGCGCACCUCAGGUAUUUCCACAACCUUUAAACGAGGGGUGAGCAGCCGGGUCUCUGUUUCAUCCCAUUCUGCAAACGAGUGUCCCUGCCCCAGAAUCAGGCUGUUUUCCAGUUCGAUUCAGGGACGCCGGUGCCACUGCAGAAGAUGACCACGCCAGGCAAAAGCAUGCCGCUUCUUCACCCUCCUCUUGGCAGACGCCCGGAAAGCGUGCUCUCGGGGUUGGGCUCAGACGCUCUUUCGUAUCCUGGUGGAUGGGACGACUGGAGACUGCAGAGAGGGCCGUGCUUUCCCCCUUUAAACAAAGGCCCCUCUAAGAGAAGUCUUGCGUUACUCGUUACCUGGCCAGGAGAGACUGCAGCAUCUUCCCCUGUCUGUCACAGUCUCGCCAACUUCUCACAGACGGGCCAGAUAUCCAACAGGACCGACGCUGCAGGCCUCACCAAGUGUCCCUUUCUGCUGUCCCCCCCCCCCCCCCUUGGAGUAUCUCAUUCUUCUUUCUUUGGCUACAAUAAAAGCUUUGGGGUGUGAGGGUGACGUUGUGUGCAACUGAACACUGGUUCUCAAACGCUCCCUUUACUUGCACCUUCUUUUCCCUUCUCUGCUUGAGCACUCUACCUGGGGGGCGGGGGGUGUCCUUUUAAACAUUUUUACUACCCCUGCAGAGAACAAACGGAGAAGGGGCCUCAGAGUCAUAAAGCCGGAAUGACGACGAGAGAAUCCUGCCCCAUGGAGAUGCAGUUAUGCUCAGGGUGGACCACACGGGACCGUUCUAACCGGACCAAUGCGUUUUGGCCUCGGUAUUCCCCCGCUGCUGCUCACUUAAGCAUUAAAUGU